UUAUACUGAAUCUCAAAAUAAUGGCACUCAAUACGGACUCACGCUUACAGCUGCGUGUUUCCAAAAUUCUGGAGAGGUAAACAUUUGAAGUGAUCUGAAGAUGUCGGAUAGUCGUAAAGGGAGUGUGGCUGGGUCCCAGAGGCCCAGCAAGGCGCCCAACAGUGGGCUGCAGGAGAAGGCGAUCGAGCUGGACGACGUGCUCGUGAAUGAGCUGGGCCAGUUCGGCAAGUUCCAGCUGUUCAACAUCCUGCUCGUGUCCAUCCCCAUCAUAAUGUCUGCGUUCAUGAGCGAAUAUAUUUUCUCGGCUGCAGCCGUUCCACACAGGUGUCAGAUCCCAGAAUGUGGGGAGUCUCAUAAAGACCACUACUUCAACCCCGCGUGGACGGGCGAGGCCAUCCCGGCGGGCUCCAGCUGCGAGCGCUUCGCCCCGCGCGGCCCCAACGGCUCGCUGGCCUCCUGCCCCGCCGCGCUCUUCUACCAGGACCAGCAGAUCCCGUGCGACGGCUUCGUCUACGGGAGGGACAAUUCCGUCGUCUACGAUUUCGACCUCGGGUGCCAGGAGUGGAUGCGCGCGCUAGCAGGCACGCUGAACAGCGUGGGAACGCUGCUGGUGCUGCCCAUCACGGGCUACGUGUCCGACCGCUUCGGCCGCCGCGUGGCGCUCGUCAUCAGCGUCUUCAACCUCGGGCUCAUCGGCCUCAUCCGCGCCUUCUCCGUCAACUACCCCAUGUACUUGGCCUUGCAAAUCCUCCAAACCACUCUUGGAGCUGGCACCUUCAGUUCUGCGUAUAUCUUUGCUACGGAGUUAGUUGGUCCUAAAUUCCGUGUCGUCACCAGUGCGACUUGUUCAUCUAUGUUUGCCGUGGGUCAAGUGAUCCUUGGGAGUGUUGCUUGGGUGAUCCAGCCCUGGAGAUACAUGAUCAUGGCACUCCACAUCCCUUGCUUCCUGAUCAUUUCUUACUACUGGAUACUAUCUGAGAGCGUGAGGUGGCUGUUGUCAAAAGAGAAAUAUAACGAAGCUAAGAAUGUCCUGGAGAAGGUGGCUCGAGUCAACGGGACUCAUAUCAGCGAGAAGUCCUUGCAUGCGCUAAUGAACCCUCCGCCACCUCCAGUCGUUGUUGAGAAUAAGGAUGAGCCGGGCAUGAUCGCUACAAUCGUCAAAUCUCCAGUUCUUUUGCGACGAGUGCUCACGACUCCUAUUUGGUGGAUCACCACCACCUUCGUCUACUACGGCCUGUCCAUCAACUCCACCAGCUUGUCCGAUACCAUGUACCUGAACUACAUUCUCACUUGCGCCAUCGAGAUCCCUGGCUUCUUCUCUGCUGUUCUCCUCUUGAACUGGAUUGGAAGGAAGACCACUCUGUCCGGGGGAUAUCUCCUGAGUGCUGCUUGCAACAUCGCUUUCGCGUUCAUUCCCACUGAUCUGACCGUACUUCGGCUGAUUGUCUUCCUGCUGGGCAAGUUCGGCAUCUCGCUGGUGUUCACGUCUCUUUACCUGUUCACGUCGGAGCUGUACCCCACGCAGUACCGCCACAGCCUGCUCGCCUUCUCCUCCAUGAUCGGGAGGAUCGGCUCCAUCACCGCCCCGCUCACUCCCGUGCUUACGGAGUACUGGCAAGGGCUGCCGUCGAUCCUGUUCGGCUCCAUGGGGCUGCUGUCGGGCGUGCUGGUGCUGACGCAGCCCGAGACGCUCGGCACCAAGAUGCCCGACACGCUCGCCGAGGCCGAGGCGCUGGGCAGGCGCCCGCGCGACGGGCCCAACUGAUCUGAGAACAUUCAUUAUUCAUUAGCAUAUAGGCCCUUCUCAGGGCAUACGCGUCCCAAUAUACUCGUAGCUUGCCCUGCCACUACUUCGGGACAACAUAUCGGCUGGUGUCGAGAGAAGUGGCGGGAGAAACUCGGUCACCUUUAACAAUAAGCGAGUGUAGACGAUCCUACAGUUUUAGUUUGUUUAGGGCUGAGAUUAGAGCUGUUCUGAUUUCAGAUCAUUUCACGAAAUAAAUUGAAGGCCUUACUUACUACAGCACUGACACUAAUUUUAUGAGAGCUUUGGUCGCCCGCUACGCGGGCUACAAAAGCUAGUUUUAUGAGACAUUUUGCAACCUAAACAGAUAUUAAGAUAUUGACUGUAUGUAAGUAACACUUAAGCUACAGCAGCAGGCUACCAAAGCAAAUAAUAAAAAACGUUUUUAUCAAAUAGGUGCCACCUGCGUUCCAAAUGAUAGAAUAUUUAUGCUUUUCAUGUAAAUGUGACUCCAACCUACACAUCAUUUUUCAUUGUAUUUACGCAUCGCUCUCUUUUAUAAUAAAGUUUUUACAUAUUAUACUAUUUGUAAGCAUAGUAAAAUGUAACUAGAUUUAAUAAAUUAUAUUUUUUGU